GUCAACAGGACUUCUUUUUAACAUAUACAUUUAGCUACACAGAAAUUCCGAGUGUCCCUUAUUUAUUUUCCUUCAAAGAAAGGCAGAAGUGUUCCUCAUUUCCUCCUGCAGCGGUUGGCAACCCUAAGCACCCCCUCCCCCGACCCGCGGCGGCGCCGUCACGUGACUACCGUGUAGGUAAACCGCGGCUCAGCCUGGUCCGCCGCACCUACGAAGCGAGCGCUCGCUGUUCCUUUUUUGGCGAUGCUCCAUUCGGACGAGACGUCAGACGGCGGCGUCGCCGCUCUGGGCGCCCAGGACCUGGGUCGCGCGCUCUGCAUCGUCAGCGGGGCUUCGCGGGGAUUCGGCCGAGCUCUGGCCGCGCAGGCGGCCGCCCUGCUGAGACCGGGCUCCGUUCUCCUGCUCGUGUCGCGCUCCGGCGACCGCUUGCGGGAGCUCCAGGCGCAUAUAGGCGCCUCGAGCGGGGGCCGAGACGGGCUCCACGUCCGUUGUGUGGUCGCCGACCUGGGAGAGCAGCGGGGAGUGGAGGAAACGCUGCGGGUGGUGAAGGAGAGCGCCGCGGCCGACAUGAUGGAGCACCUGCUGCUCGUCAACAACGCCGCCUCUUUGGGUGAUGUAUCUCGCUUUGCCACAAGCUUCACGGACCUGAGCGAAGUGAACCACUACUUGUCCUUAAAUGUCAGCUCUGCACUCAGCUUAACUGCAGCGGUUCUGAGCGUGUUCCCGCGGCGACCUGGAUUGCGGCGCACCGUGGUCAACAUUAGCUCCCUGUGUGCCCUGCAGCCAUUUCCCUCCUGGGUCCUGUACUGCACUGGCAAAGCUGCUCGUGACAUGAUGUUCCGGGUGCUGGCUGUGGAAGAGCCUGAUCUUCGUGUUCUAAGCUAUGCCCCAGGCCCUCUUGACACAGAGAUGCAAGUACAAGCACGAGUUAAUACAGGAGACCCCAAUCUCAGAUCUACCAUCAGCACCAUGCAGGCCCAAGGUCAGCUACUGACAUGUGAAGAGUCAAGUGCCAAACUGAUAAAGGUGUUGCUGGAGGACAGCUAUCAGUCUGGUGCCCACCUUGAUUUUUAUGAUCUGUAGAAUGACCUCCUUUGUUUAGCUGAGGAGAAAACAGACAACUGCCACCCAGUGCAAAGGAAAAAGGAGCUUGUGUAGUAAAGAUUUUUGUGGACAUUUAUCUUUUGCUUAUCCACUUUCAAUUUACAGUAUACAUGUUUCCAUCUAAUGUUUGGCAAAAUUUUUGUGUUGAAGACUUAUCACAGUUAUACCAAUUUACAUCAGAAUAGCUCUGAGGAUCUUAAAUAUUAAAAUCUUCAAGUAAAUUAAGGUUAGUGGGCAGUCUCUUCUGGAAAUUGGCCUUUUCUGGGGCAGAGGCGGUCACAGGGCAGGAUUAAGGCUCAGCUCAGCAGGACUUUAAACUACAGAGAUAGGUUUAUUACAGACCAAAAAGACACAAAACAGCACUCUAUCAGACAAACAAACAGAAAGCCCGAGUCUCAACCCAGACCGGUUCCAAAGCAUACCAUCCCCUCAAGUCCUCAGGCCAGCUGCCUUUAUUGUUGAUAUAAUUUGCUCUUAUGUGUCUGCAGUUGUUUUGUUUCAGUUAGGGUUUCAAUUGACUUCCGCCUCAGGUCAGACUGACCACGAUCACAUUUUCCACCUUAGCUGCAGGCUUAUCAGGGCCAAAAGCAAACCACUCACAUACUGGCAGGAAGCCUAAAACUGCCGCCUUUGUUGUCCAUAUAACUGACUCUUACAUCUGUACGACUGGUUAUUGUUCAACUCGGGCAGGAGCAGGUCCCUGGGAGCUGUUCAUCUUUCUCCUCCCACCUCCUAUCCUGGCUUAGAUCACUCACCAGCUCACACUGUGUCCAGAAACUUUUUUAGUGUAAGGCAAGAUGGGUAAUAAAUGUCCUAUUACGUUGACAGUCUCUACUAACUGCAUCCAUGCAUCCAUCCAUCCAUUAAUGUCAGUGUAAUGUCAUAUCAAAAGUAUUAUUAUUUAACAGUAGGAGGUGUAUACAAACUUGGGUUGUUGGAACAGUCAUAGAAAUAGACUGUUGACUUUGACAUGGGGAUAUGGCAACCCAUGAGGUACCUCAAGGCGUACAAGGCACCUCAGGAGUUGCAUCUAAUCUGGCAUAUUUUUCGUUUGCUCAUUUUUAGUAAAAAAUGUAUUUACACUUUCUGACUAAACAUUUCUCAGAUGACUGCAUGUGAACAUGCAUUUUUACACCAUUCCUGUUUCUAGAGAGUAGAUUUUCAGGGAUUUCUGGAAAUGUCUGAUUUUGUUUUCAGUGAUGUAGUGCUUUUUAUUUUUGUGAAAGGUUUUACUAUGAGAUGAGUGAUUACAAGUUCUUACUAUUUUACACAGGAGUUCACUGGCUCAGUCAAGGAAAAGUGCUCUUGUGAGUGUUUCAGUUAUGCACUGAAAUCCUCAUGUUUCUCACUGAUUUCAAACAACACAAGAUAAAGUGGAAAGAUUUAUGUUUUGUCAAAUAACUGAUUUACCUAGCUAAUAUAUAUAAAAUGAGUGCACUGAAUCUAACAAGGGUAAAAACAUCUCAUUAUUCACUGCUAAUGAUAAAAUGUAUGCAUUGAAAGGAACAAUUAUUCUUUGAAAAUACAGAUCUGAAGCAGGACAAUUCGACACCAUCAGUGGUCUGCCUACAUACCUUGUGGAAAAGUUCAUGUCCAUAAACUGAGAUGUACAGACAGCAUUGAACACCACACAUCUGUCCACUUCUUUUGAAAAAUAUUUGCCUUACUAUGGAAAUUGGAAAACUACAGGUUGACAAGCUGAUUUUCUCAAAAACUUGAAAUAUAAAUAAUGUGUCAAUGAAAGAAGGUCAGCUCCUAUCGAUACCUCUUGUAGCACUUAACUCCAGAAACGAUUCUGCGGAGUUCCUUUAUCUUCAUUCUGGGCAAGUCUGUUAGCCUUUUCUCAAGUACAGCAGAUAAAGAAAUUGGUAAACUUUUACUUUUUUUGUCAGCAUACAAUCAUGGGACACUUUGUUACCACUUCCAUCCGUAGAACUGCCACUCGCUGGAUGUUUUUUGCACACCAUUCUUAGAAAACGCUAGAGAUUUUUGUACGUGAAAAUCCCAGGAGAUGACCAGUUUUUGAAAUACUCAAACCAGUCCAUCUGGUACCAACCAUCAUGCCACAAUCAAAAUCAUUGAGAUCACCCCCCCCAUUCUGGUGUUUGAUGUGAACAUUAACUGAAGCUCCUGACCUGUAUCUGCAUGAUUUU